CGAGAUCAGUUCACAGUAAGACGUUCGCGGAGAGACACGUGCCUUCCGCGCUCCUCCUUCGUCUGGAUUAAGCCCCUUCUUUUUUUUCCUCGUCUGUGCGUGCCCGAUCUGACUUCCUCGUUCACUCCUUUGGCAGAGGGAGUCGGCACGGUUCUCUGCACUAGUUUUCGACGGGACUUUAAUUGCUACCUGACCAAGCAGAUCUAUUGGCAGAUUGUGGCUUUUAUUUUAUAUAUAUUUUUUUCUGGUUCACUUAUUACACUGCCAAGACUAAUCGUCGAGGGAGAUACUCAGUUUUGUACAAGAUGAGCUGUCCAUACGCCAGGGAAAAUGGGGUGGACACAGCCCAGCAGGGGAAGAACCUCUUGGACUUUGGCGGAAUUACGUACACUUCUUACCUCCAACUUCACAAGAUCCUCAAUGCGCAAACGAUGAUGUCUACGGAGGAUGGGACGCCCGUUCACGAUGAGCACCUCUUCAUCAUCAUUCAUCAAGCAUACGAGCUCUGGUUCAAGCAAAUCAUCUACGAGAUCGACUCAGUGAGGGAGAUCUUCAGCCAGGAGGAGGUAGACGAACACAAGAUGCUGGAGAUCGUCAAGAGAAUGCAACGCGUCACCUUGAUCCUGAAGCUGUGUGUCGACCAGUUCCUCAUUCUGGAAACUAUGACGCCUCUCGAUUUCAUAGAAUUCCGAAACUACUUGUCCCCAGCUUCAGGAUUUCAGAGUUAUCAGUUCAGAUUGCUCGAGAAUAAAGUUGGGCUUCGAGGGGAUCUCCGCGUAAGAUACAACCAGGAGAACUACAUGAAGGUGUUUGGAGACGAGCCCGAAGUCUGCAAAAACAUCAUGAAGUCUGAGGAGGAACCUUCCCUUCAGAACCUCGUGAGUCGCUGGCUGGAGCGGACACCGGGACUGGAGGAAAAGGGCUUCAAUUUCUGGACGAAAUACAAAAUGGCCGUGGACAGCAUUUUGACGCAAGAGUACCGAGAGGCUGAGAGCGAAGAGUGCGAAACCUUACGAGGCCACCUCAUCGACCAAAACAAGAGGCGACGAGAGCUCUUCGACAGCAUCUUCGACGCGAGGAUCCACAACGCACUCAUGGCACGCGGCGAGAGACGUCUCACGCACCGGGCCAUGCAGGGAGCUCUCAUGAUUUCCUUGUACAGGGAGGAAUCGCGGUUCAACCAGCCUCACCAGCUCCUUCAGCUCCUCAUGGAUGUUGACUCGCUCAUGACCAAGUGGCGAUACAGCCACGUGAUGUUAGUGCAGAGGAUGAUCGGGUCUCAGCAGAUUGGCACUGGUGGUUCGUCAGGUUACCAGUACUUGCGUUCCACUCUCAGUGAUCGUUACAAGGUGUUCAUCGAUCUGUUCAACCUGAGCACCUUCCUGCUGCCAAGAAACUGCAUCCCGCCCUUAACACGCCAGAUGAAGAACCGCCUCAGCAUUAUGGAGGAGGACCAGAAGGAGGACGAGAGCAAAGUGUCCUCCUCUGCGUUGCACUCGAGCACGAAGGCCUCCAUCCCUCCCUCAGACUCGCCUUGCCCUCGGGAAAACGGAGAGGAAAAGGCGUCUUCAGAGAGUGACUUAGAAAAGAGUUUGGAAAAUAGUAUGGAAAGGUCCUGUGAGGCUUCGAUGUAGAGGUCGGAAUGGCAACGAUAUAACUAGGAAUUUUACAUAAGAUGCGCUGUAGUGUUUAGUUGGAUAUUGUUGGACUUGUCUUUGGCAGUACCUUUUUUUAUUUUCGUUCUUUCUUUCUGUCAUUCCUUGAGAAUUUGCUGUCUGAAUAAUGUGAUAAUGGUACAUAAACACCUUUCCAAUGGUUUUGGCAUGGUACAAAUGUCCAUUUUAUUGUAUGAAAAUGGAUAAUGUUUAUUUGACUUCGACAUGUACAUGCAUUUUUAUAUAUAAAUUGCAUUAGCUACAGUAACAUAAGGUUUUAUUUAUAUAAAGGCAGUUGCUGUGGUGCUGUUUAUUUUGCAUUUCAUUUUGAUAAGCUCUCAGUAAUGGUAUGAUAUUUCUGCAUUUGACAAAAUGUGACUUUUACAAAAACUGUGGCUACAACUAAUAACCAAUGAGCUUAUACCUUAAGUCUUGUGAAAAACCUAAUACCCAACAUUGCUUUUAAAAAGUGUCUAAAUAUCUGAUUUUGGGAACUCGUGUGACAUAUAUAAUAUAUCUUACAAGUGGGUAUUUCUGAUAUAGCUUACAUGUAUAUUUCUUACUAUAUUGUAUGUUUCAAGUGUUAGUAUAUACAAUAAGACCAUAUAUUUUCGAGAGAAAAACAACAUAAGACUGCUGUAUAGAUAUGUAGUGAAAGAUCAUUUAAAUAAAAAAGAUAUUUGUCUCAUGAAAAUGGCUCCCUUAAAUACAAGGACCCAAUCCAAACUCUACAUUAUCAGUCUAUUCGUGGUUGAGGUUUUGUUGGCAAUAUCCGGAGCGCAAUGGUAGAGGGUGUGGCCAUAUAUACGCCCUCAACACAGCCAAUAUAACUAUAUUUCGCAAAUCUCAGAAUAGAAAAAAUAUAUAUAUAAUAGUAUUAACUCUAGUGUCUGAGAUAGACCCACUCAGAUUCACCAAGUCUCCUUUGUUAAACUAAUCAUAAAGUUGAAGGCUAUAAAUUUCAAUUAAAAGACGGAAAAAAAUAUACGCAUGAUUUUUAAAGAUAUAAAACACAUGUAAACACAACAUUCUGUUUUCACAAAUGAUAUCUGAUUAAUAGGAGUCCCAUAAAGUUGCCAAUUUUUUUCCUUUCUAGAAAAUAGACUCAUUAAGCGAGAAAAAGUCCCAUAUAAAAAAAGCACUGCAGAUUUCUUCUAAAUAUUUGCCUUAUGUUCAAGUGCAUUUUUUUUUUCAUCAGAUCCCACUUAAUCUGUAUAUGUAGAUAUUUUUUUAAUAACACAGUACUUACUAACACCAAGGUAUUUCAUGUUGAAUUAUUGAAAUAUUACCAUCUGCAAGAACAUUUUUUAUACAAGAAAAUCUGAAGUUAGGAAGAGAAAAAGUAUAGAAUUGGCAACCCUGCUUAAGGUUUCAUAUUCAUAUCUUCAAAAUUAUGUUCAUUUAUUGAUUUUCAGUUUUCAGAUUAGAAAUAUUAUAUAUCGUUGGGUGAUUGAACCGUAUCGAGUUAUUUUUAACUGUAUUUAUAAUUAAUAUUCGAACUAUAUUAAACAUCACUUCACUUCAAGGCACUUUGUCCACAUAAGUAUUUAAAACCAUUAAAAUCAUCCUCUUUUUUUAAAGCAUCUAGUCUGUCACAAAUUUAUCAAUCUCAUGAUUUUCAUUUUUUUUUCUAUCAACAGAAUAAUCUUAGGCUUAUUUUGCUUAUAGUUUUUUUGUUGUUGUUUGUUCUACUAUAAAUUGUUGCACUUUAUUCACUUGGAUAGCAUAAUUUAGAAGCAUUUUUUGUAGGUCAUAAUAUUUAAAAGAUCAACAGCUCUGUAAGUGACGUCUGUUCCAUUCCUAUUGCAUUUUAUGGAAGGUAGAAAAAAAUAACAUUAUAAGUUUACGAGGCAGAAAAGAUUAUGACAGAGGAUAUGGCAUGGUCCAUUUCUGGUACUAUAUAUGUUAGUACAUCCUGGCUAAAACGAGAUAUAUAAAUGUGUGUGUGUGUGUGUGUGUGUGUGUGUGUGUGUGUGUGUGUGUGUGUGUGUGUGUGUGUGUGUGUGUGUGUGUGUGCGUGUGUGUGUGUGUGUGUGUGUGUGUGUGUGUCUGUAUAUAUGUAUAUAUAUAUAUAUAUAUAUAUAUAUAUAUAUAUAUAUAUAUAUAUAUAUAUAUAUAUAUAUAUAUUCAGUAUAUGUAUGUAUGGUAUGGAUCUGAUUUUAAGGUAAUUCACAAUAAUUCAGAACAAAUAGAAACAAAAGGAAAAGACCGAAAACACGAUUGUUUUGCCCAUUAUCUUCAGGAAAGCAUUCUUAAGGGCAAUGCCAUGUGCCUCAGACAAAACCUAAGGCAAAAAGAUAUAAAGUUAACAUUAAUAUCAGAUAUGGUUAUUUUCCUUUUUCUCCAACCUUCAUGAUGAAAUAAUAACUGCUAAAGCAUUUUCAUCCCAAUAGACAGACUGUCAGUGCAGGUCGAUGCUUACAGAAGUACUAUGAAAGUUUACAGGGAUAGAUUGUUAGCACUUUUUGGUAGUAUUUGUUAUGUUUCAGCUUCUCACUUGUAUCUAUGCUGUAAUUGGUAUCUAAGGCGUUAUUUCACUGGUAUUCUUUAUGGUUUUACAUUCAUUGUUUGAUUAUUAUGACUUAAUUAAAGCUAUCAGCACUGCCAACACUGUAGAAAAAGAGCUCAUGUACAGAUAUUUGUGGCUCGAUAAAGUUCUCCAGAGACAAGAACAGAAUGUAGUUGAAAUAAUGAGUUCUGUAGAGGAGGUACUUUGUCACGUUCACAAAGUGACCUGUGAGGCUAAGGGGUCACAUUUUCAAGAACUCCAUUAUUUUUGUACUGUGAAGAAUAAGAACCUAUAUUUGAUUGCAUAUUAUUAUCUGGUUAAGACUUCUGGUGAAAACAAAGACAUUUCUUGUAAUGACUGCCAUGUCCUCUUAUGAAAUACAGUAGGCUAAGUUUUAUUUUUUGAUUUAACGUUCUUGCCAAUUUUUUUUUCAGAGCCAAUGUUAGUUUUUUGUUUUUUUUUGCAUUAUGGUAAAGCAUUUAUUUAAACUUUACUGGGGAUAAUGUUUAAAUGUUACAUACCGUAUUUGCCGGUUCAUAUGAUGCCCUUUUCAGAUAAAAAGCCCAUACAUCCGAAUUGCCGAAGCUGGUGCCAAGUUCCGAUUGUAUAAAAUGCAAAGUUGGAGUGAUCUGUGUUAGUCAAACACAUAUUUAGUUUAAUUUGUUAAUAUUAGUACUAAUGACUCACUACAACACAAUUCAUAUCAAGCAAAAAAUAAUUAUUUGUUUAAGGGUGUAAUCUGACGAAAUUCUAGCAUACUAUUUGCUAACCCGUGUUAUGGUACCCAUAAAAAAGGAACUUUGAUUUCUCAUUCAUUAUUGUUGAGUUUCUGGUGCUUUCAACAUUUUCUUAAAAUUUUUGUAAUAGUUUUUUUUCACGACCAAACCGCUGUUACACCAUAAUUAAAUUUAUGAGACCAUUACUGUAUCUUUUAGUUUCUUCUUUUUCAACGACCAAAUUAUCUUCCCACAAGCGAAAGAAUUAUUCUGCGUGAGAUAUUAACGUAUUUAAUGUAAUAUUUAACCAUGGCGGAUUUAACAACAAUAAUAAAUGAUCUUAGGAAAGUCUCAGGAAAAAAACUGUCUGUUGCCAUUGGAUUCGUGUUGCCAAAUGCUACAUUGCAAAUUGCAAAACUCUUGCUAUGUUUUAAAAAUCAAAUCAGAUUUAGUUGAGUUCAGUGAAAUCUGCGGCAGCUAGAUUUUUUUUUCUUUUUGUCUAUUGUGAGUGCAAUCUAUCAAAACAUUUUUUUUAAGCUCAUCAUUGGUACCUUACUAUUGACUUUUUCCUACAUUAAUUUGACUGCACGAUCAGAUAAUGUAUAUGUUUUUUUUUAUGUUUAUUACUUUGUUUGCUAUGUAAUAAUAUCCAUUUCUUAUUUUCUUAAGAUUUUUGUAUUUAUUUAUUCAUGCUUUUCUUGUACAUUUACCAAUUUAUUCAUUUAUUUUUUUACUGAAAUGUUGCCUUUGUCUCCAUGUGGUAUAUAUAUACAGUAUUUAAAACAAUUCAUUGAAGUAUUUGGAAUUGACUAUAUACUAUUUUAUUACGAUAUUUUUUGUUUUCAAAAACAGGGGUGUGUUUUAUAGGCAGGUUUGUAUCCUAUAUAGCGGCAAAUAUGGUACAUAUACAUGUUAUUACUUAUAUACAUAUUAUAUUUGUUGUGUAUAUAUGUAUGAUGUAUUUUUUGUGUGUAUGUGUAUGUAUGUACUAUUCCGGCCCAUCUUCCAGUCCUGUUGGCGAGUUCUUAAUGGUUACUGCGGUCGAACAGCCAUCCCAGAGUGCUUUGUGUAACCCUUGCAUUUACGAGUAUAAUAAAUGUUAAAGUACAGCAAAUAAUAAUAACAUUAAUAUCAUCAAUAAUACUGGUAAGGAUGAAUAUACUACUACUACUAACAUUAAUAUAAAUAAUAACGAUAACACUAAUGAUAACAACAAUAACAUAAAAAAACAAGGAAGGUUAUUUGUAAAAUUGUCAUUACGUGGGCCAGGUAAGGAGUCCCCAUUUGUUUCUUGUAUAUUACUCACCGGAGAGGACUUGGCAUUGAUGAUGUGUGCUGGAGGUGCAUAGUUUUUUCUUCUUCUAUUUUCGUUAUUCUUUUUAUUGACUGUUCGUUAUUAUUAUUAUCACAGGGAAAAGGAGAACUUGUAUGAUUUGGCACAUACCGGUAUUGCAUUCUGCCACUGAUAUUGUUAAUAGAAUUAGAAUAAUUAUUAAAAUUGGGUACUCUAAGGAGAAGUUUAUUUGAAAUAAAACAUAGAAGAAUAAGAUCCUUUUAUGUAGCAUUUAUUCUCACAUAAAAGUUUGUUUUUCUUUUCUUUUUUUCUUUUUGUAAACAAACAGUUAACACAAGACGAUAUUAUGUA